AGUGGUGACCGUGGUGACAUUGGUCGCGUUCGGCAGAGAAAGUGGUUUUACAACUGUUGUAAAGUUCUUCAAUACGAUUGGUUCUUCUUUUGAUUCCUUACAGAUCCUAUCGUUUGAAACUGUGGUUGUGUAGUAUAGUUAUAUAGUAUCGCACUGACCAGCAGGUCGGCCAAAGUUAAUCAAGGUUAAUCUCAGUUAGUCCGAGAGUGCCGUUCUUGACUGUUCUUGACUGUAAUAACGUGAGAAGUCGUAAAGCAGGAGGUAAGUGAAAACGGGGGAUUGCAGAACAAUUUACAAAAUGUCAAGAGAGCGUGCUUCUAGGAGAUUUUAUCGCAUAGACAGCACUAAUGAUUUGUUUGGAUUUAUGGACCGUGGCUACUCAGCCCAACAUGAAAAUCGAUGGAACUUUGAAGUUGCUUGGGAAGCUGCCAAUAAAGUUGGCGGCAUUUAUACUGUAAUAAGAUCUAAAGCUUAUGUUUCAACUGAAGAAAUGGGUGAUCAAUAUUGCCUUAUUGGUCCAUAUAAAGAACAUUCAGCACGUACUGAAGUUGAGGAGGCAGACUUUCCUUCUCAUAGUCCGUUGCAUCAAGCAGUACAAGUUUUGCGUGAUCAAGGAUAUAAAGUAAUAACAGGGACAUGGUUGGUGGAUGGAAAUCCUCAAAUAAUUCUACUCGAUAUUGGAAGUGCUGCUUGGAAGCUAGACGAGUAUAAACAGGAAUUAUGGACUACUUGCAAUCUUGGAAUACCCCAUCUCGAUAUUGAAGCUAAUGAUGCUGUAAUACUUGGAUAUUUAGUCUGUCAAUUUAUUGCAGAAUUUAGAAAAGCAGCCGAAGGAUAUUCAAGCGUUCCGCCGAGAGUAGUCGUACAUUGUCAUGAAUGGCAAGCAGGUGUUGGUUUAAUCGCUUUGAGAACAAGACAUGUGGAUGUGGCCACAGUAUUUACUACUCAUGCUACACUUCUGGGUAGAUAUCUUUGCGCAGGGAAGACAGAUUUUUACAACAAUUUAGAUAAGUUCAGUGUUGAUGAAGAAGCAGGGAAGCGUCAAAUAUAUCAUAGAUACUGUAUGGAACGUGCAGCUUCACAUUUAGCACAUGUAUUUACAACAGUUUCGGAUAUCACCGGUUUUGAAGCUGAACAUUUGCUCAAACGCAAACCUGAUAUUAUCACGCCGAACGGAUUAAAUGUAAAAAAGUUUGCGGCAUUACAUGAAUUUCAGAAUUUACAUGCUAUUAGUAAAGAAAAAAUACACGAAUUUGUGCGAGGCCACUUUUAUGGACAUUAUGAUUUUGAUUUAGAUAAAACAUUAUAUUUCUUUACCGCUGGUCGAUAUGAAUUUGGGAAUAAAGGAGCUGAUAUAUUUAUAGAAGCUCUAGCCAGAUUAAAUCAUUAUUUGAAAACGUCCAGACCAGACUUAACAGUGGUUGCUUUCCUUAUUUUUCCUGCAAGAACUAAUAACUUUAAUGUUGAAUCUCUUCGAGGUCAUGCUGUGACAAAAUCUUUACGAGAUACUAUCAGUGAUAUACAACAAAAAAUAGGAAAACGAAUGUAUGAAUUAUGUCUUUCUGGUCGUAUGCCUGAUGCUCAGGACUUGUUGGAAAAAGAAGAUACUAUUAAAAUAAAACGAUGUUUAUAUGCUCUACAAAGAAAUGGAUUACCGCCUAUUACGACACAUAAUGUUGUUGAUGAUUGGAAUGAUCCGGUGUUAAAUGCCGUUCGAAGAUGUAAUCUUUUCAAUACUGUCCAUGAUCGUGUUAAGAUGGUAUUUCAUCCAGAAUUUUUAUCUUCGACAAAUCCACUAUUUGGUCUGGAUUAUGAGGAAUUUGUUAGAGGAUGCCAUUUAGGAGUUUUUCCUUCAUAUUAUGAACCGUGGGGUUAUACACCAGCUGAGUGCACAGUUAUGGGAAUACCCAGCAUUACCACUAACUUGUCAGGAUUUGGAUGUUUUAUGCAAGAGCAUAUAGCAGAUCCGAUGAGCUAUGGUAUUUAUAUCGUCGAUAGGCGUUUUAUUAGUUUGGAAGCAAGUGUUCAACAGCUUGCUCAAUAUAUGUUUGAUUUCGCACGACUUAGUCGUCGUCAACGUAUCAUUCAAAGAAAUCGUACAGAACGUCUUAGUGAUCUUCUCGAUUGGCGAAAUCUUGGCAUUUAUUAUCGUCAAGCAAGAAUAAAAGCGUUGACUACAGUGUAUUCUGAACUGGCAUCAGAGUAUGCAGAGGGUGGGAUUGGUCGCUUUAAUUAUCCCAGACCAAUCAGUGAACCGCCAUCUCCAUCAUCUUCACGGCAUACGACACCGGCCGCAUCUGUACAUGGUUCGGAUGACGAGGAUGAGGUUGAUGAUGAAAAAGAGCUAGAAGAAUUACGACAAUCAAAUGGAAGGUAAAUAAAGAGACCAAGAAUAUUAAGAAUAAGAAGUAAUCAAGUGCAAUAAGUUUCAAGAUAAUUUAUGGAAUGCACACAUAACACAGCGUUGCCAAAAUAUUAGUUGUAAUUUCUAUAUAAAAUAUAUAUAUAUGUAUAUCUACAUAUUUUAAAAA